CCUAAUAGCAAGAAUUUGCCUUCAUUUGUUUGUGUAGCCACUCCUUAGAUUAUUGUUGUGCCAAUACAUAAGAAACAUUCUCCUGAGGGUGAAUAUAUAUCCCACUACACACUAUAUUCUUAGCCAUCAUGAGCACCAAGGACUGCGGCAACCACGACGAGAAGAACCGUCAGUUCCUCCGCUGCCUAUUCGCGGCGAUCCUCGGCUCCAUCCUCCUCCUCAUCUUCCUCAUCUGGAUCAUCCUCCGCCCCACCAAACCCCUCUUCAUCCUCCAAGACGCCACCGUCUACGCCUUCAACCUCUCCUCCUCCGGCUCCGGCCCCACCCCUUCCCCCAUCAAUCCAACCCCCAACACCCUCACCCUCACCUUGCAAGUCACCCUCGCUUCCUUCAACCCCAACCACCGCAUCGGAGUCAUCUACACCAAACUUGACACCUACUCCGCCUACCGCGGCCAGCAGCUCUCCAUCGCCACCUCCCUCCCCGCCACCUACCAGGGCCACCGAGAAACCGCCGUCUGGUCCCCCUACCUCUACGCCUCCGCCGCCCCCGUCUCCUCUUUCACUCUCCAGAUCCUCCAGCAGGACAGAACCUCCGGAGGAAUUCUGGUUAACGUCAAAGUCAGCGGAAGAGUGAAGUGGAAGGUUGGAACUUGGGUUUCCGGAAAUUACCAUAUUAAUGUCAACUGUCCGGCAUACCUCAGGGUCGCCAGCGAUCGGGACGACGCCGUUGGAUUCGCCGGUCCCGCCAUCAAGUUUCAGCUUUCACAAAGUUGCAUUGUUGAUGUCUAGUUUAGUAAUUAUUCAACCACUAAUCAUAUGUUACCAACCUUUUGUUUUAAAAGUCUGAUGAAUAUCUCUUAUUUCUUUUUA